GCUCCGCUCCCAUCAACAACCGAGUGCCCAUGGUUGUCAUGGUUUCCAUGGCCAAGGCUCGAAUGAAGGCUGUCUUCGGAUCUGCAUUCUCCAUCUGCGUUCGUUUUUCGGACUCCAAGAAGCAUCUCGAGACCAAAUUCAGCUCCAGCUCACCGCAGCCAUGAAGAGCAGAGCAGACUUGAGGGAAGUAGGAAGCACAGGUUCCGGUGCAAGGAGAGACAGGCUCUCUGAAAACACUGGCGCGCAGUGGUGACGCGGUUCCUAACCAAGAGGCGUCCAUAAACCAGCAGCAUCGGCCGCCGGGGCCCCUCUCGGGGCUGCGGACCCACCCUUUAAGGUGUGUCGCGCGUCCUCUUUUCAGUUGUCCAACUCCUGGCAGCGCGGUGGCGAUGCUGGUGGCGGCGGCCGCGGAGCGAAACAAGGAGCCCAUCCUGCGCGUGCUGCAGCAGUACGUGGACCCCGCGCAACGCGGCGUCCGUGUGCUCGAGGUGGCCUCUGGUUCCGGCCAGCACGCCGUGCACUUCGCACGGGCCUUCCCGCACGCCGAGUGGCAGCCGUCCGACGUGGACCAGCGCUGCCUGGAUAGCAUCGCCGCCACCACGCAAGCCCAGGGUCUGUCUAACGUUAAGGCCCCGCUGUACCUGGACGUGACCUGGGAGUGGGAGCACUGGGGAGGGAUCCUGCCGCACUCGCUGGACCUGCUGCUCUGCAUCAACAUGAGCCACAUCAGUCCCUUAAGCUGCACCAAGGGGCUUUUCAGAGCUGCUGGACAUCUGCUCAAACCCAAGGCUCUGCUCAUCACCUAUGGGCCCUAUGCAGUCAAUGGGAAGAUCUACCCCCAGAGCAACGUGGACUUUGACUUGACCCUAAGAUGCAGGAACCCAGAGUGGGGACUGAGGGACACAGCCCUUCUUGAGGACCUGGGUCAGGCCAGUGGCCUGUUCCUGGAGAAGAUGGUAGGCAGGGUGAGCUGGGGUGGAGUGGCCUUCCUGGGGCCCAAGGGCCACUCCAGCAAAGUAUUUCUGUAGGUGGACAUGCCAGCCAACAACAAGUGCCUAAUUUUCCGGAAAGAAUAACUCCUCCCCUUCAUCCUGCGUGCAUGUGCCCAAGUCUGGGCACAAACCAGAACUCCAUCCCUAUCUCCCUGGACCAGGUUUCUGGAAUGACCAGCCCCACCAGUAUGGGCUCAUGGAACCUGGGCCCAGACUGCCUUGGAAUAAAGCACUUUCUGCUGCCCA